AUGGGCACGAAGAAGAAGAAGGAGAAAACUCCAGAGCCGGAAUGCCAGGUUUCAUACUUUCAAAUCUUUCGUUAUGCAAAAUGCUCGGAGUUGUGCGCAACGCUCUUCGGCAUCUUGUUCGGUCUUCUCAGUGGUGGUGGAGUCUGCUACAACUUGGUGCAGUUUGGUGAGCUCAGUACGUCAUUCGUCGAAAGAACGGCAAAUCAAGACCAGCUUUCCAGCUACUUGCCUCUAACUACUUUAUUUGGCGGCGGGAGACGAUUAGAAAAUGCACCACACGAAGAGAACAUGAAGGCAUUGGUUGAAGAUGCAAAAGCUAUGUGUAUAGGAAUGUUCGUGUCUAUCGGCAUCUCUCUAUUAUUAUGCGUUCUUUCUGUCGGACUUCUCAGUUGGAGCGCAUUGCGACAAAUAACAAGGAUAAGAAUGCUCUUUCUGGAGGCUGUACUCCGCCAAGACAUGUCGUGGUUCGACACUGACUCCGAGUUCAACCUGGCAUCAAAAAUGUCCGAAAAUAUGAUGAAACUAAAGGAAGGUAUGGGCGAUAAGUUGGGCGUCGUCGCAAAUCUUGCUGGGACAGCAAUUAUUUGCUUGUGUCAGUCAUUUUCAUUGGGAUGGGAACUUACUUUGGCCUGUAUCACUGUCGUGCCUUUCUCCAUCACUGCAUCUAUUAUUUUGUCCAAUUAUCAAACGAAAUCGUCGUUUAGAGAGAUGGACGCAUACAGCCACGCCGGCAAGCAAGCCGAGGAGGUAUUGAAAUCGGUUAGAACGAUUGUGGCAUUUGGCGGAGAAAACAAAGAAGUAGACAGAUAUCGCCGUUUGUUAGAACCGGCCGAACGUUAUGGCAGAAAGAGGGGACUAUACACUGGUCUUGGCAAUGGAUUCAACUGGGUUUUAACGUACUCCCUUAACGCAAUUGGUCUUACGUAUGGGGCCAGGCUGAUCCUCAGCGACUGGGAGAAACCUACAGACGAACGAAAAUACUUAGUUGGAGUAGUAUUCAGUAUUUUGUUCAGCGUAUACAUGGCCACUCAGUCCAUAACAUUUUGUGUACCUCAUGCUGAAGUAUUCGCAGGCGCUAGAGGAGCAGCAGCCAGUAUUUUUAAGCUACUAGACAGAGAACCUGCCAUAGAUAGCAUGGAUAAAAGUGGAUUGUCACCUCGUCGUGUUAUAGGAGAUAUUUUGUUGGAAGAUGUGCAUUUUAGCUACCCCUCUAGACCAAAUGUUAAGGUGCUACAAGGGUUUUCACUGCACAUCAAAGCAGGUGAAUGCGUCGCUCUGGUUGGAUCUUCAGGUUGCGGAAAGACCACAAUAUUGCAACUAUUACAAAGACUUUACGAUCCGCACAUAGGGACAGUUAAACUGGACGGCAAAAACUUAAGGAGUCUCAACUUGGGAUGGUUAAGAUCUAGUUUAGGCGUUGUUGGUCAGGAACCGGUACUGUUCCGUGGAACGAUUUACGAGAAUAUUGCGAUUGGUUGUCCAGAGGCAACAAGGGAAGAGGUACAGAGAGUCGCAGAAAUGGCAUACGCACACGAUUUUAUAACCCACUUGCCCAACGGAUACGAUACAAUAAUAGGAGAAAGAGGCGCAUCUCUCUCUGGCGGUCAAAAGCAGCGAAUUGCCAUAGCAAGAUCUCUAUUGCGAGAACCAGCAGUCCUUCUUCUAGACGAGGCCACAUCAGCACUUGAUCCUCAUUCAGAAAGAGAAGUCCAAAAGGCGUUGGAUAGGGCAAGUGCCGGAAGAACAACAAUCAUGGUUUCUCACAGAUUAUCUACGAUAUCAAAUGCGGACCGUAUCAUAUGCAUGGAUCAAGGUGUGAUAAUCGAAGAGGGAACUCAAGAAGAACUCAUAAAAGCCAAAGGUUUUUAUUACAAACUUGUAACUACUGGCAAUGAGAACAAAGAACCUGAUGUUAUUGAAACUUUGCCUGAAGAAACUGACGAGAAUGCUGAGCUCGGUGAAGCAGCUUUAGUUCCCCGGGUGGACGUUAAGCGAAGAUCAACUAGAAGACUACACAGACAUCACUCAUUAAAACGAGAAUCUCAUGAUUGGAUGACACCUCGUGGUUCGAUUUCUUCAAUGAUGUCAUCAGGGUUACAGAACUUUAUGUAUAAUCUAGAUUACGAAUCAGAAGAAGAGAAAGAGGACGACGAUGAGGAGGUAAAACCAGUUAGCGACUGGCAAUUAUUGAAACUAAAUGCUCCAGAGUGGCCUUAUAUAGUUGUUGGUUCUAUCGCCGCAUUUGUCCAAGGCGCUUGCUUUCCAGCCUUUGCGUUAUUGUUUGGUUUCACUAGUGGUAUAUUUGUUAUACGUGACCACAGUGAAAUAAUUUAUUUCGCAGACCUCUAUUCAGGCCUGUUUUUAGUAGUAGCUGCUGUUGCAGGAGUGUCAAUGUUCCUGCAAAGUGCAACCUUUACCCAUGCGGGGUUAAAAAUGACGUCAAGGCUACGGUAUCAAUAUUUUUCAGCAAUACUAAGACAGGAAAUUGGUUUCUUUGAUAAAGAAAGUAACACCGUGGGAGCAAUGUGUGCAAGACUCAGUGGAGACGCAGCAGAAGUUCAAGGAGCCACAGGCUUACGAAUUGGCCUCAUCUUGCAAGGAACCAGCUCUGUAUUUGUUGGAUUUGUAAUGGCAAUUUGCUAUAAUUGGAAAAUGACUCUAGUUGGGACCGCAUUCUUACCCAUUAUGGUUGGAAGUAUCUGGCUAGAAGGAAUUAUGUCACAAAAGUCUCAGAUGGACGAGCGUGCCGCUAUGGAGUCAGCCACUGCUAUAGCUACCGAAGCAGUCGUCAGUAUAAAAACUGUCCAAAGCUUAGGCGUUGAAGAAACAUUUUUAAAGAAAUUCGAAGAAGCCUUAAUGGAUGCUUGCUCUGCGGUGACGAAGAAGACCAGAUGGCGCGGAUUAGUGCUUGGUCUCGGAGUCUACGUUCCAUUCAUGUCCUACUGCUGUGCUACUGUAUAUGGUGCGACGUUGGUCGCUUACGAGGGAGUCCAGUAUAAAAUUGUUCUACUCGUAAACGAAGCUUUAUUGUAUGGAGCAUACAUGUUGGGACAAUCUUUGGUGUAUGCACCUAGCUUUAAUUCAGCAAAAGCCUGUGGCGCUAGAAUUUUGUCCGUUAUUCAUAGACAGCCCAAAGUAAGAACAGAAGAUGGUUUGAAGGAUAAAAGAGAUUGGACUGCAACGGGUAGCUUCAAUAUAAAAGAAGUAGAAUUUAGCUACCCCACGCGGCCCCACCAAAGAGUUUUGAAAGGAAUAGACCUGAAAGUUGAAGCAGGAAAAACCGUCGCUUUAGUUGGCUCUUCGGGGUGCGGGAAAUCUACAAUUUUGCAACUGAUGCAGAGAUUUUACGAUCCGGACACUGGUAACAUCGAGCUGGAUGGUCGCGAUAUUCGAAUGGCGUUGACCCUCCCUCGACUUCGACGGCAACUUGGUGUCGUGCAGCAAGAGCCAGUGUUAUUCGAUCGCACUUUGGCUGAAAACAUUGCAUACGGAGAUAACAAUCGGAAGGUGUCCAUGCACGAGAUCAUAGCCGCAGCCAAAGCCGCUAACAUUCACAACUUUAUCGUAUCGCUGCCUAAGGGUUACGACACAAAUCUGGGAUCAAGCGGUGCUCAACUGUCUGGUGGUCAGAAGCAACGAGUUUGUAUAGCGAGGGCGCUUAUUCGUUCGCCUCGCUUAUUAUUAUUGGACGAGGCAACUUCAGCCCUUGAUGCUAAUAGCGAGAGAGCUGUAUCGGAGGCGCUGGAAAAAGCUGCCAAAGGUCGCACGUGUGUAACCAUCGCUCAUCGACUGUCUACAAUAAAGGAUGCUGAUCUUAUCUGUGUUAUAGAAAAAGGUAAAAUAAUAGAAAGUGGGACUCAUGCAGAACUAAUUGAGAUGAAAGGUUACUACUGGCGAAUGACCAAAGGGCAACAAAUGCCGUAG